GGUUGAUUUUUUCAAUAGGAUCAUGUUUUUCUUGGUGUGUUAUGGAGUUUAUUCGAAGCGCUGCACCUGUGCCUGGACCCUUGCUGCGUUGCACUUAACGGAAUUAACGCUCAAGAUCUUCACCGAGCAAGCCACAGAACAUGCGGCAAGCAGGUAGCCGCAACCGAUGACACCUCUCACUACGGCUAGCUGCAUCUCACUCGUUCUUACUUAACGUUGGCCUCCGUAGCUGCCUUCUAUGGCGCUGCUGCGUUCUACCCUCCCCCGGAUUCAAGCCAUUCGAGGCAGCCCUGCACGUUAUCUCCGGACACCCAUGUGGACGAAAUCUCCACAUGCCAACAUCAUUAGCCUGACAGCAUUCGCUUCGCGGUUUCCGGCAAACGAGUUAUAAUUGCUUUGUGCAACUGAGUAACGCACGACUCAGCGGUGACGCAUAACAACUGGCGAAUAUAUUAACCUCUGAACUCAAUCAAUCGCUACGAGCCACCAACAUGACGCAGCCAGAACCACCAGGAUUGUAUCGCCAUCCGACAAGAAGCGAGAUCAUCGAUCUCGCCGCAGCAGAAGGCCAUGAUGCAGAUAUCCCAAGCAACCUCGGCUCCAUACACCAAGUGCCUAGUCAUACAUCGGAAAGAAAGCACUCGCUAGAUGAGAAGAAGGGCGAAUACACAACUGGCGAAAGAGAUGUUGAAAAGGGGAACGGCUCGGGCUCAGUCUCUAGUGCAGACCAACCCGAUGCAGAAGAGGAACCUGAACGCGAUCCGAAUGUUGUCGACUUUGACGGUCCUAACGACCCAGAGAACCCAAUGAACUGGAAAGCGUCCAAGAAAUGGGGCAUGGUCGCGCUGAUAAGCGCCAUCACGUUCCUAACACCUCUUGCAAGUUCGCAAUUCGCCCCCGGCGUUCCGGAGGUUAUGCGCGACUUCAACUCGACGAGCGAUCUACUUGAAGGCUUCAUGGUUUCAGUGUACGUCCUCGGCUUUGCUUUUGGGCCAUUGAUCAUCGCACCGCUUUCGGAGAUGUAUGGUCGGCUGCCAUUGUACCAUAGCUGCAAUUUGCUGUUCAUUGUCUUCACAAUUGCGGCUGCAGUGGCGAACAACAUGGCGCAAUUUGUUGUAUUCAGGUUCUUCAUGGGCUGCUUUGGAGGAGCGCCCAUGGUACUUGGUGGAGGGACUAUCGCGGAUCUCAUCCCACGAGAGCAGCGUGGAACUGCCAUGGCUGUCUGGAUGAUGGGUCCAACAAUAGGGCCAUGUGUCGGUCCAAUUAUCGGUGGCUUUUUGACAGUAGCAAAAGGUUGGCGGUGGAACUUCUGGUUCGUUGCUAUAGUGGGCGGCGCAUUCUUCAUCAUGUCACUCAUUCUGAUGAGCGAGACAUCUGGCAUCAUCAUUCUACAACGGAAAGUCAAUCGUCUCAGAACUGAAACAGGAAAUACGAAAUUACGAUCCAAGCUGGAUAGCGGUCUCACCCCACGUCAGCUCUUCAAGUUUUCCAUCAUCCGACCUGCCAAGAUGUUGUUCCGCUCAACCAUUUGCUUUGCCAUUUCGCUCUACAUUGCGAUUACAUACGCCUAUCUCUACAUUCUGUUCACCACCUUCACUGCGGUGUUCAAAGGACAAUAUGGCUGGCGUGGCGGCAUCACUGGUCUCUCAUUCCUCGGUCUCGGCAUUGGCUCCCUUAUCGGACAAUUCACUUACAUCCACUACGGCAACAAAGUGGUACACAAGCACAUGGCACGCGGCGACUUCCGACCUGAACAUCGGCUGAAAAUGAUGUGCAUCGGCGGCUUCUUCAUUCCUUGCGGUCUCUUCAUCUACGGCUGGAGCGUGCAAUACCAGACGCACUUUAUGGUACCUAUUGUUGCAACGGGUAUCAUCGGGUUUGGUCUGCUGAUGACGUUCAUGCCUGCAACCACAUACUUGGUCGACGUGUUUACUAUCCAUGCCGCGAGUGCAAUGGCGGCAAGUACUGUGUUGCGUAGUGUUGCAGCAGCAUUCAUCCCUCUCAGUAGUCAGACGAUGUACGCGCAAAUGGGUUACGGUUGGGGUAACACUAUGUUGGGGUUCAUUGCUACCCUACUGAUCCCAAUCCCGUUCUUGUUCAUUAGGUACGGAGAGAAGAUCCGUGCUAGAAGUACAGUUAAGCUUUGAACGCAUGCGAUGAAAUAUAGACAUAAAUAGACCUAUAUGUAAUAGCAAACCAAAUCCCA